AUGUCUUCCUCGUCCUCCGACGCGGCCAGGGACGACGCCGUCUCAUCUCCUGACCUGCCCCCUCUGGCCGCGCCCGUCGCCGCGGCGGCGGCUGCGGCCGCGGCAGCGGCCUCCUCGGGGGGAGGCAUAGGGCUCGGGGGCGGGGGCUCCGGCCGGAGGUUGCCGCCGCCGUGCUGGACGCACGAGGAGACCCUCGCGCUCAUCGAGGCGUACCGCGACAGGUGGGUGGCGCUGCGGAAGGGCAACCUGCGGGCCGCGGACUGGGACGCCGUGGCCAAUACCGUCACCGCGCGCUGCGGGCGGUUCCCCACCGCCACGCACAAGUCCGGCGUGCAGUGCCGCCACAAGAUCGAGAAGCUUCGGAAGCGAUACCGCGCUGAGCGGUCGCGCUCCGCGGGGCGGUCCAAGGGGCCCAAGUGGCCAUUCUUCCCGCUCCUGCACGACCUCGCCGGUGGCGGCGUGCCGGACCCGAGCCCUAACGCCAUCGUCAAGAUCAAGACCAAGGGCCCCGCCCCGCCGGCGUCCCCGCCUUCCCCCGUGUCCUCCCCUUCCUCCUCCGAGGAGGCUGUGCGGAGCAGGAGCCUGCACGGGCUCAUCUCUAACGGCGGGGCCGGGAGCGGGCUGCGCUUCACCAUCCCCAAGGCCUCCCGCACGAAGCCCGCCGCCGUGGCAGCUGUGAAGCCGGAGAGGGGCGGCGGCGGCGAGGACGACGCCGAGUCAGAGGCCAUGGCGGAGGUGGCUGCCGCACUGCGGGAGGUCGGGGAGGGGUUCCUGCGUAUGGAGGAGCGCAGGCUGGAGCUCUCGCUGCAGAUGGAGAAGGAAUGGAUGGAGUCGGAGAUGAAGCGCACCCAGACGAUGCUCGACGCCCAGCAGCUCUUCCUGGAGGCCUUCCUCGGUAAGCAGCAGCAGAACAAGAAGGCCAGGGUCUCCCCUUCCUCUGCCGCAAUGGAAGAGGACUGA